CGCCUCAGGUGCCAGUCGGCGCUUGGCUCUCGCUCGACCGCCACCUGGUCCCCACCUGCAGAGGCCGAGACUCCUUGCCCGGCUUCCUUCCCGUGUCCGUCAUGCGUCUCGUGGUCUGCCUGGUCUUCUUGGCCUCCUUCGCCCUGGUCUGCCGAGGCCAAGGGUACAAGAGUGGUCACACAGGCCCAUACCCCAGACCACUCUAUGGAUCCCGACCUAUUGGCCUUCGUCCAAUCACUCGUCCAGACCCUAGUUGCGCUGGAUGCCGCAUUCUUACCUUAGAUGAUGCUAUUGCUUGCUGCAGGCGGUUAGGACGCUGUUGUUCUGCAUUAAAGGGAUAGACUGGCUGAUGGAGAAGACAACGAAAUCCUGGCUUUACAGCGUGUUAAUUGGACUCAUAGAUGAAGAGACGGCGACCUUGAUUUUGAACCGUAUUUUUCCGUUCCAUUUUCUUACUUUUCCUUGUGGAAAGGAUGUAGGUGUUUGGUCUAUACUUUGCAAGGAAGCACCAAAGAUUCUUCCAUGAAUGAAUGACGAAUGAAAGUGCAGGUGGGAUGUAUGUGCCUAUAGUUGUAUUUGCCCAGCAAGUGCCCGUGUAGUCAUGAAUUGUAACACACUUACCUCUCACUUGAGUUAUCCGUAAGUAUGGAUCUGUGCGUGUGAUAUUUGCUACUCUAUUACGAAUAAAAUUGAUAUCUGUG